AUGACACCAACAAUCUACCUCGUAUCACUCAUUCUCCCCUUUAUCCUCCUCUAUCAAUACAUCCUCCUUCCCCUUUUCCUCUCCCCCCUCUCAAAAAUCCCCGCUGCAAACCCUCUAAGCCCGAUCACCAACCUCUGGAUCCUCUACAUCCGCUGGCGAAACAUCGAGAACCAAACACUCCUCAGGCUGCAUCAGAAACUCGGGCCAAUUGUAAGGUUGGCACCGAACGAGUUGAGCGUGAAUUGUUAUGAGGGAGGUUUGAAGACGAUAUAUGGGGGUGGUUUCGCGAAGGAUGAGUUUUAUGUUAGGAGGUUUGUGAAUUAUGGCAAGGUCAAUAUGCUUUGCAUGACGGAUAACAAGGCGCAUGGUCUCCGGCGGCGGAUGCUCUCGUCGGUAUACUCCAAGUCGAGUAUCAUGAGCUCGGCCAGUCUUCGUGUGACUUCCCGGAACAUGCUCUUCGAUCGCUUGCUCCCGCAACUGGUCAAGAGCGCAGAGGCUGGCAAGCCGGUGGACGUGUUCAAGCUCAGCUACGCAUAUUCGAUGGACUCAUUCAUGGCUUUCCAAUUCGGCCUGAAGCUGGGAAGUAAUUUCCUUCUCGACACCAAAGAACGAGACUGGUACAUGGACGCCUUCUUCGGUCGCAGGCAGUGGUACUUCUGGUCUGACAACUUCUCUGGUCUUGUUGGAGGCUUGCUUCGGGUCGGGAUUCAUCUCGUGCCGAAGUGGAUCACUAUCGCAAACCAUGAGGCUGCAGAUUGGAUCCUGAAGAAAUGCGAUCUGGCUGAAGAGAUGGUUUCGUCGGGAGAGGAACUGCCGGUGGGAGAUGUGCCAACGCCAUAUGUACAAGAGCGCGCUGCUUUCCGCAAGGCGAGUGGAGAUGGCGGCGACGGAGCUCCCGAAGACUAUCCAUAUCGUUGGGAGCUCGCGAGUGAAAUGUACGACCACAAAGCUGCGGCCAUGGAGACUAGUGGUGAUACCCUGACGUAUAUCUUCUACGAGAUGUCGCGCCAUCCUGAGUUGCAGAAGAAACUCAGGGAUGAGCUCUUGAAGCUUGAUCCGCCUUUAAAGUGCUCUCUCGAAGGGGACGCCGAGCUGCCUGAAUUCAAAGCAGUGGAUGACAUCCCGCUCCUGGGCGCCAUUCUGCAGGAGACCCUUCGACGCUGGGCCCCGGUCCCCGGCGGGCAGCCUCGAGUGACACCGCCGCCUGUGUGUAGCCUGGCGGGCUAUGACAACAUACCGCCAGGCGUCAAAGUGCAUUCCUCUGCGGGUGUACUCCAUCGAAACCCUGAAGUGUUCCCAAAUCCAGAGGAGUGGACUCCCGAUCGAUGGCUGGACUCCUCUGACAAGCAAACCAGUGAGAUGAAUCGAUGGUUUUGGGCCUGGAGCAGUGGAGGAACGACGUGCCUGGGCAAUAACUUUGCGACCAACUCAAUGAAGCUCGUGAUCGCUACGGUCUACAGCAACUUCACCACCAAAAUCGUUGACGCGAAAGGUAUUGAACAGGAUGAAGGCUACACCGCUGGUCCGAGGGGAAGCAAGCUGAUGUUACAAUUCGAUCGAGUCAAAUAG